AGGUUGAGAUUGACUUAAACGAGAACGGACAAGAAGUGGAGGCAACAUUCUUCCUCGAUUCAGAAGGUAUCAAGGCUCGCCUGUCAUCUGCUGUGCUUGGUGACCAUUCCCUGCGUGUCGUCGAUCAGUGGCCCCUGAUGGCUUCUAUGCUGAAGCUGGUCUUGAUGAUUAUAACCUGAAACUGCGAGGAGGCUUCAAGAACGAAGAUACUGCACGUGGUGUACAGCUGGAAGGAGAAGUAUUUGGUAAGAGAUUCCUUAUUGACACCUUGUUCCAGUCUGAAGGAAAGCGCUAUUCUGAGGGUAAACUUAUCAUCCACACUCCAUUCCAUGGCAUGGAAAAGAUGGGUGGCCUAUUCACCUGGUCUAAUCAAAACAAGAAAAUCAUGGCCCAUGCUGAACUACAUCUUCCUUCCUACACAACACCAACGAUUACUGGGGAGAUUAGCCUAGACCUUAAAAAGAAGAUCAAUGGAUAUGUCACCCUUGAUGUAGCUGGAGAGGAAUUCACCCUCAAGUGCAAUCUUGCUGGUUCCUCCAUUUCUCAAGGUUAUACAGGCUCACUUGAAUUCUAUACACCAUUCCAUGCUGUAUCACAUGUUGUAUUGACCGGUGACAUUAAGAUGCAGGCAUUGUCCUUCCUCGACAUGGAAGUAAAAAUUGAUGCACCUUUUGCCACACACGACCUUAAACUGAAAUACCAGCUCAGUGCUGACAAAGUGUCUGGAGAAGCCUUCCUUCAGUCAACAAGGUUGUAUAAUACCAUUCAGCUAAGCCUUAAUCUUCAGGGCCUCAGUACUGGAAAUGUAGAGGCCGACUUGACUGUCAAUGACAACAAGAUUAACGCACAUUACACUUUGGCUCAAUCCACCUUCAAAUUUGACGUAAGAACAGUCAUUUUUGGCAAGGAACGCCAGUUCUCCAUUGAAGCUAAGUAUCCAUCUCUGGAGAACUUCCAGGGUGUAGUUGCUGUUACUCUGGAAGGUGAAAAGCACAUGGUUUAGUGGAAGCCUGAACAUCGUUAACAAUCGCAUCCAAGGAGCUAUGGAUUUGGAAUCUGAUCUUAUUGAGGGGCCACGGAAACUGGUCUUCGAUGUUUUCAUGCCAACUGCUUCCUAUAAGCAAGUCUCAUUUAAUAUCGUCUUCACUAGCAGUGACCCUCACUCCUUCUACCUGGAUUUGGAUCUAAGAACUGGGCUUCAAGCUACUGUAAAGAUUGAUACACCCGUCUUCCCGAAAGUUACCACUACCCUGCAAGUAGCCCCUGCUGUUGCUGGAAUCACCAUUGAGACCC